AUGAAUAUUCUCGGAAUUCUUCUUAUUCUUCUGGGUACUGUAUCCAAUACAUUAUCUGACCCCAUUCCUCCAACUCCACCUGAGGUAGUCGCUGAACUGAUGAGAGUUCUUUUCUUGGCUGCUGAUCGAAACGACACGGGAACUAUUGUUGAGACGUUUCGAUUGCCAUAUGGUAAGGCAACCUACCGUAAUCCAAUGAAAACUACAGUGAUCUAUUGCAAGCUACAGUAA